AUGGGGUCCAUAAGUGAAGUAGAUACCGCAUGCGGUAUGCCCACGGCCUGGAGAAGAUUAAUACGUUUCAUUGCCGAAGAAGACAAUGUCGAGCACCUCGGUGAGCCACUCGAUGCAAACAUCGAUGUUGGCGCAGCUCUAGCGUCAGGAGAGAAGGUCCAAGCCCGCCUCUUCACAAGGACGUCUGUUCUCUCGCUCCAAAACAAGCCCACAAGCACAGUCCUCACAGUCUCGAGAUUACUUCCGCCACUCUCAAAGUCUGAAGUAGGAACCAUCCGCUGCAUAGGCCUGAACUACCGGAAGCAUGCAAAAGAAAUGAACCUGGAUCUUCCUAACCACCCCACACUCUUCUUCAAACCGGCAACAUGUCUGGGCGCCCCGAACGCUCCACUGCUGAUACCAUAUCAAGCUACAAAUGGCCAAGCAGACUACGAAGCCGAACUCGCAGUUAUCAUAGGCAAGGCCGCGAGAAAUGUCACCAAAGAGAACGCCAUGGAGUACGUCCUGGGCUAUACAUGUUCCAACGACGUAACAGCCCGAGUUCAUCAAUUCAACGGCGCCCAGUGGGGUUUCGGAAAAGGCUUUGAUGGAUUCGCGCCGCUAGGCCCUUGCCUCGUAUCCGCCGCCACAAUACCCGAUCCUGGCCAAAUCGAGUUGAAGACUGUGCUGAAUGGCGAAACGAUGCAAUAUUCCGUUGCGAACGAUAUGAUAUUCAGCAUUCCGGAAAUCGUGGCAUAUCUCAGUCAGGGGACGACUCUGGAGCCGGGUACGGUGAUUAUGUCCGGCACACCACAUGGCAUUGGAGUGAGCAAAGUACCAAAGGUGUGGUUGAAACAAGGGGAUGAUUUGAGAAUUGUGAUGAGCCAUGGCAUGGGAAGUCUAGUGACCCCAGUUGUUUACGAAGCGCAGCCCAAGCUCGUAUAA